AUGACGUCGCAGCAGCCCCGAACUACGGCGGGGCUCCACGCCGCCGUGCACACCUCCGUGCGCACGCUGACGCCGCACCUGGAACUCCAAGGCACGCUGGCCCUCGUGGCGACGGACCGCACGCUCCGGCGGCUCAUGACGACGGCGCGCGCGCCGCUGGACCUCUGGGCGCGGCCGUGGCCCCUGGUCAAGCUGGAACAGGCAUUGAUGCGCUUCGGCGCCGCCGACGGCGCGAUCAACGCCGCGACGGCCGACGGCCUCGUGCUCGCGGCGUCGAAGACGCGCGUCGGCGCCCUGCUGCACGUCUCCCUGCACCAGACGGCGUCGCCGCUGCCGGCGCCCAUCGCGGCGCACCUGCCGAGCCUCCGCACGCUGCACCUCGCCGCCGUCAACGCCGAGGACCUCGAGCAGAUCGGCGGCUGCGCGCAGCUCCGGGGCCUGACGCUGCAGCGCGUCCGCGUCCGGGCCGGCACCGCGCUCGACCUCACGCCCUUGAGGAGAUGCGGCAACCUCGAGCACCUGGCCGUCACGCAGAUUGGAUAUGGGGACGGCGGCGGCGACCGGUCGACGUGCCGGCCGACCGACCUAACACCGCUCGCGGCCUGCACGAGCCUGACGCACCUGUCCCUGCCGCCGGGGCCCGGCGGCGAGGCCAUCGACGCCAGUCCCCUCGCGGGGCUCUCUUUGAAAUCGCUCGAGUGGGUCGGCGACCCGGCCGGCGUCGCGUCCGGUGACGCGGCGCGGUCGCUGACGCACCUCGGGUUAAGGGGAGCGGACCUCGACGCGCCGCUGCUGGCGGCGCUGGCCCAGCUCCCGCGCCUCGCGUCCAUAGAAUUUCGGGGCUGCCGCUUCCCGUCAGUGCAUGGCCUCGCGACGCUGCCGAGCCUCCCGAAGCUCGAGAAGGCGUCGUUCCGGAGCUGCGCCGGCGGUGUGGAUCUGGAACCUUUAGCGGACCGGUGCCCGAACCUCUCGGCGCUGCUCCUCGUCGCGGAAAGCGGCCACGACCGCCCGCGCCUGGAAGGGCUCGCGCGCUUCCCGAAGCUGCGCGAGCUGACCGUAAGGGGCACGCUGCCCUACGCGGCGGCGCUGUUUCGCGAGCCGCCGGCGCUCGAGCGCCUCGAGACGCUUACGGUGCGGGGCCUGUCCUACACGGCUUUUGCUGAUGCGGCCGCGAAGAACACGUGCUUCCCAAAUUUAGUAGAAUUCAACGGCGCGGCGGCCGACGACGCGCGCGCCUACGAGUCGGCCAAGGUCCAGGACCACAACCGCAAGUACCGCCAGACGUACGCCGCGGCGCGGGCCGAGGGCCUCGCGCCGGCGGCCGCGAUGCGCCGCGCGGCCGACGCCGUCGGCGACCUCGUCGCGCCGCGCUGCGGGCCGAAGCUCCGCGCCGACGACAAGCCCAAGCCGCCGCAGAAAUUCCUCUGA